AUGCGGGCCGAGGAUGUCGUCGACGAUGGCGCUCUUUGUGUCGCUGGGGGCGAAUCGAACUAUGUUAUCGCUGUUAUAGAUGGCGAAGACUCCUUUGUCUCUGUUGCUCCUGGUGCUGAUCUUUGCUAUUAUCAGGCUAUCGUGAAGGAGGAAUUUGCUGCCACGAUUUUUGAUCCGAUCGUGUACUUCGGCUUGGAGGUCUUAAAGACUCUUGACGGUCCAGCUUUCAUCACUGCUGAUCUUUGCUGUUGCUAUGCUGUCAUGAAAGAGCAGUUUGGGCAGAGUAUAUACCGCAUGAACUGUGAGCACUUGUCACCAAAAUGUAGAGUUGAGUGCAUGAAGCACUGCGAGGAGGUGGCUGGAAUCGGUCGUGCAUUUUGUUGA